CCAUAGAAACCAUCAUGUUCGUUGGUUCAUGUAGUUGAAUACUGUUCUCUUAUAGAAUGCUGUUCUUCCCCGUUUCUUAGGCCUUUGAUAUGAGCAUGCCUGUUGUUCAUGUCCCCAUCAUAGAUCGCGAGGCUCAUCAUGUUCACCAUCUUAUCUUUCAGUUAUGACAAAUAAUCUGCACCCUCGGCCAAUUUACCUUCACAAAUACGCACAUUAGCAAAAAUGAGCACCGCAUCUACCUUACAAGGACUAGAAACGUCCACGUGUACCAAGUCACCUGCAACAGCAGAUCUUCAACCAGCUUACAAACAUGAUAUAUGUGAACAAGGCAGCACUAUUGAAGACGAUCGCCCAGCGGAAGAAGAACCAUUGGAGUAUUUGGUCUGUUAUCUCUUUUCACAUUCCAUCUUUCGACCGGCUCGAAAGCCACUGAUACGCUACCUUCGGGACCAAUCCGCCAUCAAGCCGAUUCGUCAAAGUCCGUCGCUUGAGAUCAUCACCGACUUACCUUCAAUGCUCUUCGGCAGUCUACCGUUGUUAAUAUCGAUAUGGGCAUUGACCAGCUACUGUUGGAUCCCAUUAUGCGGACUGAUGAUAUGGGAGCGUACGGGCUCUGAUGUCGUAUAUCAAUCUCUGUCAUGGAUCUUGAAAGGAGUUGGGAUUGUGAUGAAUGUUAUGGGGAGAUCAUAUGAGAGCGUCACUACGAUAAAAACUUCUGCAAUUAUGUCAAAUGGAGCUCGACGGGUACUGCCGUGGGUAGAUGGACAGAUGGAUGACGAUGGAGCGCUCGGGAGUCUUUUAUAUCCCCAUUGUGGGAGCUCCUAGCACAGCAAUGGUCAGAAUACGAUAAAAGGAAUGGCGGAGUAUACCUGUUAGAUAAAGAAGUAUAUCAUCGACGUAAUGACAGCAUGAAGAAUAUGUGAAUACAGAGCUUGUUGCUGAAUAGCUUCGGAUACGCAUCGUGGAGACGGCAUAUUGAUCCCGAAUAGGUAAUUCACUUGACAAAAUGCUAACAUAACCACGGGCAAAGAUGCUGAAGAUCGUUAGCAUCUGGAGGUUGGGCUGUUUAUGAUGGUAAGAGGCGUUUGACACAGCAAUGUUUGUAAAGCUUGG